AUGGUCGAGGCUCAGAAAGGGCCCUGGGUGGGCCCCUGGAGACCCCACCGGCCCCGCGGCCCCAUCAUGGCCCAGUUCACCAGCCCGGGGCCCAAGUACUCGCUGCCUGGGACAACAGGUAGAGUUGAUCACUGCAUCACCAAAGCCAAAGCCCCCGCUUACACAAUGCGGGGGGCCAAAGCUCCCGCCCCGCAGAGCUGCUCCCCGGGCCCUGCCUACUACAUCCCACCCUCCAUCACCAGGAACGGGAAGUACGUGGCCCCAGCACAGCACAUCUGCGGGCGGCCCAAGGAGAAGACCGAGGUCACCCCUGGGCCAGGUGACUACUCCACUGAGGAGAGUUGCAAACACCUCUACAAACGUGCGCCGGCGCAGUCCAUGUCCUUCCGGCACAAGGCCAAAACCCAGCAGGGCCCAGGUCCUGCCGCCUACACCCUGCCCAGGCAGCUGGGGCCCCACACAGCCUGCAGCCCUGCCAGCCCCUGCUACUCCCUGCGAGGGAAGAGUGAGCGCGGCAGCUUUGCUGAGGACCUCUCCAAGACACCAGGGCCUGCUGCAUUCCCCAAGGUGCAGCUGGACACCUACAAAACGAGGGCUCCCGCGUACACCAUGGGCACCAAAACCGCACCAGGAGGCCAAGCAAGGAGCCCAGGACCGGCCGACUACAGCCUGGGCAAGGUGACGCUGAUCAAGUCCCAGGCACCUGCUCCCACUUUUGGCAUCCGACACUCCCCCUACACACUCCCUCUACUGCUUUAG